AUGGCAGCCAGCCGCCAGAAGAAAGCGAUUUUGCAAGUGCCAUGGGCAGCCCAAGCCAACUUAUCUCCACUUUCGUCACAGGCCUCAGAGGCAGCCCACGCCAACUUACCUCCACCUUCGUCACAGGCCGCAGAGGCAGCCCCGGGGCGGCCUAAGAAGUGUCUGGUCUACCCGCACCCGCCCCGGAGGUCCCGCCUGUCUCGGUCGAUCCUGCGCUGGCUCCAGAGCUUGGACCUCACCUUCUUCCCCAGGAACAUCAACAGGGAUUUUUCCAAUGGCUUCCUGGUAGCAGAAAUAUUCGCUAUCUAUUACCCCUGGGACCUUAGCCUCUCAUCCUUUAGAAACGGCACUUCUUUAAGAGUCAAGUUGGAUAACUGGGCGCAGUUGGAAAAGUUCCUGGCCAAAAAGAAAAUCAGAUUACCCAGAGAACUAAUCUACGGCACGAUCCACUGCAAAGCCGGCGUGCCGGAGAUCCUGGUCCAGGAGGUGCACCGCUUGCUAACACACCAGGAAACCGAAAGUAUCCAGGACGACCUUGUGAACUUCACAGACUACAGUUACCAGAUGCAACUGCCUCUGCUCCCCAGGUCCACGGCCUCCAAGUUUAUUAAAGAUAACAUCAGGUUGUCCGAACUCAUGAGCAAUCGCAGCCUGCGCAGCAAUGAGCUGAAAAUCGAUUUCCUCUUCCUUCUGCAAAUGUUGCAAAGGAAGUUAAGCAGAAAGAUGCACCCAAGCAGGUUUGAAGUCAAACCGACCGUGGGAGAACUCACUCUGGACCACAUCUCUGCCCAGGCCUCUCGCCACAAGCCCAAAGCAGCGAACCCACGGCCACGGGACGUUUCUGUUCUACGUACGCGCUUUUGCUGUGGUUUCAUUUUUAACUUUUCAUCUGUGAAAAGGGAUUUUUUGGGACACAUCUAA